AUGGCGCGCAGCCAAAUAGCUCCAAGCAACAUUCCGGAAACUCUGGAAUGGUUGGAUGCCAUAAGCUCGUUCCCGUCAAGCCACGUGCCCACCUCCAGCCCGUUCGAAAUCUUCUCGUCGAAUCAACAGGGGCAGGAUUAUCACGAUUGGAACUUUGUUUCGAAGCAGCUAGCACCCAGCAGAAAGCACCCGAGUUAUGCUGAACAUGUUGAGGGGGGUUUCAAACUGUGCAUUGAAGGCGCCGAUGCCUGGGGGGAUUUCGGAGGUUUGAGGCAGGAAAAGGGACAAGAGCGGGAUUGGGAAGAGCAUGAGCUGAACGCAAUGCUGGCGAAGACGUGGCAGCACGUGCCCAAGAAUCUUCAAGAGGACGUGAAAGCGUUCUCCCGGACCGUCAGGGAGCGUUUGGACGCUCUCACACUGGAGCUAGUCCUGAAAGUGAAAGAAGACAGCAUCGAGCCGGACGAGAAGCAGGUGCCGGGUGACGAAAGCCGCUGCUACGUUCUGUCCGCGGCCGAGAAGCGGACGCUCAAGGACAGCCUCAAGGCGAAAUUCGGACACCAGAUCGCAGCAGCAGACGCCGACUUGUACGAGAAGGAUAGAAACGAGCCCCUGCCGCCGGCCGCGCGCGCAGAGAUGAAGGCAGAGUACGCGCACGAAAUGUACCCGUCGACCGCUUGGAAGCAAGCUUUGGCCACGAAGUACUCGCUAACAAACAGGCAAGUCAACGACUGGUUCAACAACGAGCGGAAGCGGCGACCGCACCCAGGCGGCGCAGGCGGCAAGGUCGCUGCUGCCGGGCCAAGACGGGCCCCGCGACGGGGUCCACGUGUUUCAUUGGCGGAGUCCGAGGACGACGCUUCCGACUAG